AUGGUCCUCCUCACACAGCUACCACUAGAGAUCGUGAGCCAUGUCCUGAGCUUCGUGGACCCCGAGGACCUGGCAACGGUCAACACGACCUGUCAGUACCUGUAUCAUGCUGUGAAGGAUAACAACGCCCUGUUUCGAGCUGUGUAUCUGCGCCAUCUUGAUGCACCACCCCAACCAGAUGCACAACUCGAUUGGAUCCAAGAAAUCCAAGAUCUGGUCAAGCUGAAACGCAUAUGUGCUAGCAAGCAGCCCGAGAGGGCGAGCUCUCACCCGCUGUUCUCGGGGGAUGCAUGUGGGAGAGAUGUCCUAGACGAAGGGCAGAACGAUGACCUCCCUUUUGUCUACAACACCGUCACCCGUCUCCUGCAGCACGUCACAUCGCAGGCCACCCGCCCAAGGCCGAGCGUCACGUACGGGGAGAGCCGGAACGCGAGCAUCCUGCGCGAGUGCUUCUCCCACGAGUCGGCCGUCCACGCCUUCCUGUGCAGGUCCUUUCUCUUCCAGCGGGCGCGCGCCCCCAUAAAGAAGUUCACGUCGCCCAAGCAGCCGCCCACCGAGGAGCGCCAGAUGUCCGCCAAGCUGCACUGCCUGUACGGCUCCCCCGUGCUCAACUAUGGCCGCCUGCGGUCCAGCAGGACCCACCCCUUUGCCAUCAGCAAGGUCUAUGACAUCCGCGAGUACACGGCCCGCACGCGCUGGGGCCCGUUUAUGGACGAGGGCCCCGACGGCAGCCAUGUCGGCGAUGACGGCCCGCGGGACCAGCCGGGUUAUAAGGUCGACUGGGAAAAGGUCGAGGCGAUCAUGAUUGUCCUUUGGCACAACAUGAAGUUGAAAGGUCUGGACCGCCUGCCUGUCUUUAACCACUUCUGGGGCAGGCCGUUUGGCGGCUGCUGGCCGGACAGCUACGUCCCUGAACCGACGAAUAGGCAUGUCACGGACCUGGACCUGCAAGAUCCUUACGAUGUGACCGGGACUUGGCUGAGGAUCGUCUGCUUCCUCGACUACAACGACUUCUUCGCAUACAACUUCCCACCCCACGACGAUCUCCCGGACUAUCUGCCCCGGCACGCCCUUGACGAGCUUGAGGCAACACGGCUGAUCGUGGUCAAGAUCCGCGUCACAAAGAUCGAGCCGCCCGGGCCCGAGGACGGCCAGGCCCUCCCCGUGGUGCACUUCGAGGGCCUCUCCAAAUCCCUGGACUCCAGCCUGGACGAGAACGCAAACUCGGGCCUCACAGGGACCGUCCGCCUGACCAGGGAGGGCGAGGUGCGCUGGACAAGCCACUCCAUUUUCAACGGCGAGGAGAGGUGGCGCAGCGAGAGCGUCCAGGUCGGCGGCCUCAGGUCGGCCAAGGUGGUCGGGAACUGGUUUGACAAGGACUACGACCCGUCCGGCCCCGUCGGCCCAACCGCAUUCUGGAAAAUCGCGGACCGCCACCCGGGCAGCCGCGACGAUCGCAUCACCGAGAAUGACUACCGCACCCUUAUCGACGGGAUAGAAGAGGAGGUUUACCUCACGCCCGCAGACGGCGACGGCGACGAAGAGCUCGGCCCUUUGAGCGUGUUCCAGAUAAACUCUGAUGAUGAGGAAUACGAGUUUCCAGAGGAUGAGGAUGAGGAUGAGGAAGAUGACGACGGGAGCGAGGAAGGACGUCCCGGCCCGGCUGAGGGCGCGGGAGAAGAUUCUUACAGCGAGGGGGGAGAGGAUAGCGAUGGGGAUGUAUUUGUCCUCAGUGGGAUGAGGCCGCAAGGCCCGGACGAGAAAAAGGAUUAG